AUGUUUCAAUUCAACGGGAGCCGGACAGACCCCGUCGUCGACUCUCUAGGCAGCCACCACCGGACGUCGAACCACACCAAGACCGAAAAGCGUCACAUCACGCGAAACAGGACGAGCUAUAGCUGUAUCACUUGCCGUCGAAGAAAGGUCAAAUGCGACAAAACUCGGCCAGUAUGUGGUGGCUGUCAGAAGGCAAAUGAGCAGUGCUUGUACCAUGAUGAUAUGACACCCGCUGCCGCUGAGGUGUUGACGAACGAGGACACAGGCCAAGGCUGGAAAAAGCGAAAGUCAAGUCUCGCUGAGCAGGAGUCUCUCGAAAUGCUUGCAGCACCAGCUGACAGCACAACGCGGCCCACUGACCUCAAAGCCAUCGAAGAGCAGCUGCAGCGACUAACAAGAAUGGUGGAUGCUCUUCGCCAUGGUACCACCAAUGGGAACGAUUUGAGGUGGAAGGAGCUGUUGACACCGCAGCAAUCGGGUUCCGACUCGGGGUCCGAAGGACCUCUGCAUCGACCAAGUAUGACUCUUGACAUGUUCCAGUCUGGGAACCACGGAUCGACAAAAGAACCUGCUGAUCUGAGCACGCCCCUGUCAACCUUGAAGCUCAACAAUGGUGAAGCAAGGGAGGAUCCAUUCUGGAACCACCUAUCUGACGAGUUGGACCAGCUCAACCACCUGAUGCGCCGGCGGGACAAUACCUAUGCGAUCUCACUCAGUCCAGAGCACAAGCCAUGCGAUUCAACGCGAGAUUGUGUGCCUCCAGUCGAGGAGGGGCCCGAACCCGAGGCAGAUGAUUUCUGGGCUUCGAAUGACUUCCACAAAGAUGCCGGAAUCAAAACUUUUGAGAGUCUCGACCUGGAAAACAAUCAUUCCAUUUGUCGCAUGCUAGCAUUCACCAAAUCCAGCCUGCUACAGAAUAUCCCUCUCAAAUGUUCACCUGCUGCAGCUGUAGAUCAGCUCACACAAGGGCUUCCGACAAGAGCACAGAGCAACGUACUGUUCAGAUGCUGGUUAUCUGGCGUGUAUCCAGUCGUGGGCAUCUUUCUGCCUUCGGACAUAUCCCAGAAACAUGAAGAAUUCUGGGACGACAGAGAAGCAAAUGGCGCCGCGGAGUCCAGGCGCCCCAACCUAGAUUUCUUAACUGCAUUAUACGCAGUCUGGUACGCUGGUUCACUGAGUAUUUCUCCCAAGGGGCUUCGACAGUGGUUUCCCCAUACCUCGAGAGCCAGCCUCAGCACGCAAUUCCAUGACCACACGGUGUUUUGUUUGCUUCUCGGAUCGUUCAAACGGAAUAUGAGCCUGUACAAGCUGGCCGCUCUGGUGCUCCUACAAACCAUAACUGUCGCGGAGGAAGAGCCUCUGCAAAGCAGUCUCUAUCUAGCACUCAUUGUGCGCUUGGCGUUGUCCAUGGGCUUGCAUAGGGAGCCUACCCUAUUCGAGCUUUCCGUGAACGAAGAGGGAAUGCGGCGACGACUAUGGUGGCAGAUCAUACAGUUGGACAUCUUCAAUGUCGUAGCCAGCGGCUAUCCAUCCCAGAUCUCAGAGAAAUUCUGUGAUACACGGGUUAUUUGCGAAGAUAGAGAUGCCUUCUUACCUGAUGGCACCGGUGAGGUUGCUUCAACCCAUCCGAGUCCCAGGGCCGUGCGACCACCAAGUGAGACUUCUAAUGGAGGGACUCCGAAUGCCACCUCGUUUCGCACGCUGAUGCUGGUGGCAAGGGGCAAAUCGAUCCUGGCCUGCGCCCUGCGAAGCGUGGUGGCUAUCCAUCUGGAAACCAAGAAACUCACAAAUGAGGAUAUUCAGGAGAUGAAGAGAAUCAUCACUGAAGUGGGGGACCACAUCCACGGCAUCAUCAAGGCAAUACCAAGCAAGGGAAUGCCAGAGAUGGGUUUUUCGCCAGACGUACCCAAAGAUGCACAGCACCGUGGAUCCGCCAGUGACGCGCUUAUGGGCAGUCCUAUCACUUCCACCGACAUCGCGUACUACAAGACGUCUCCUAAUGACACUGAUCCCUCGUGGCCCUUGGCAAGCUUUCAUCGUCAGAAGCAGGCGGCAUACAAUAAGUGGGCUCGGGUAAGCCUCUCAAUGCUGGUCGACAAGAUUCACUGUGUGGCGUAUGCGCCCUUCCUCAAAAACACCAAAAGCAGGUUGUGGGGAGUAGGCAGACAGUGCGCAUUGCACAGCUGCCACAGCUUUCUGAGGAAAUUCAUCUCCCUCGCCACUGAUCCGGAUCUCGAAGCGUUCCGGUGGAGUUGGCCGGCACUUUACGGUCCUCUCCAUGCAGUUCUGAUCAUUCUGGUUGACCUCUACGAGAGACCCGCCAGCGUAGAGGCGCCAAGGUCAAGGGAGCUAGUCGACAAGGUGGUUGGACUAGCCGCUCCCGAGUCGGGGAUCGUGGGGGGUCCCGAUGGAUAUACCGUCCAGAGACCACUAAGGGAAGGUGGCGUGGAAGCUUGGGAUAUGUUGCGAGGCCUCCGGUCUGCGGCUUGGCAGAGAGCGGGUCUUGACCCUACAGUGUUGUGGACAGAGGAGGAUCAGCUCGCAGUAGGAGUGGCGACUCCGUUGACAGAAGCACAGAGGAUUGCGCAGAGUCUCAGAGAAGACUCCAUAUAUGAAGGGCAAGCAACGGCUGAGGUCGGGAGUCUUUGGAUGGACAAUAUCAAACCGACGGAGCAGGAUGUUCGAUACAUGGUGAAGCUCCCGCAAGGUGAGUUUGACAAUGAGGGUGGCGCGGCUGGGGAGUCGUUCCGCUGCACCCGAACUGCACGCAACAAGUUUUUGCAAGGCAUCGAGCGUGAUGCUCGCAUGGAUGCCGGCAAAGGGCUGGCGCGGCGAGAAGGCCAAGCUAAGAUGCCUUUUCCACUGAGCGGUAAGAUGGCGAAGUGCUCUGGCAAAGCUGCUGCUGCUGAUGCUCCACCUGUGCACGUCCUUGAUAUGCACGCCCAUGUGCCCAGGCCAGAGGGCGGCCCUCGUUCAUGCCCGAGCCGUGUAUCUUCGUAUCUGGCUCAAACUGAGGCGACAAACGGCACACAGUCUCUUCACGAAACGUCCCGCGCACCCGAACAAUCGAGCUGGGAUCUUUCCCCUUCCAAUGGUGUCACGCACACGUCGCCAGUCACGAGCGAUCCACUCACCCAGAGACAUGCGAGCGGAGUCGUCCAUGUGAAUGGCCAUACCGAUGAACACGGCAUUCACAUCCCUGGUAGUCAAGCCGAACAGUCACACCGGGACCAAGGCUCGACGUAUGACGGGCUACACGAGAGUGACACAGAUAUGGACCUUGGCUUUGACUGGGAACGCUGGGAUGCCGUGUUUGGGCAAUACUCUGGCUUCACAGACCUCAUGGACGACAUCACCAUGUCAGCGUGGGCAGAGCAAGCCGAAAUGAAGUUCUGCAAGCCCGCACAUCCAUAUGCAGACCCACACGAGAAGAUGGAGACCGACAAAGAUGACAAGCAUCAAAUCGAGACGACUAGCUGGGGCGUUCCCAAGCAUCUAUUCGACUACUCGGAAGUCGUAACAUUACAAACCGGCACUGGGGCCCAAAGACAAUACUUCGCCAUGCACGGCCCUCGGCUCUGUAGCGAGUCGACGCACUUCCACGAGCGGUUGCACGGGGACUACCCAGAGACACGGAGACGGCAUUUCGACCUGAAAGACCACGAGACGGCCGUCGUCGCCUGCAUGCUACGCUGGUUUCGUGGCUGGGAUUGUCCUUCUUGCGGCGACCAUGGCGUGCGUGGCCACAUUAAGGACGCAAUGCUCCUAGCGAGGGAGUUGGGCAUUCCACGGUACAGCAAACAUUUGAUCGGAAAGAUGGAAGCACUCGAUGGCGAGUGGCUUUCGCGACCGGAUGAAAUGGCCGCCAAUGCCACUCCCGCUUCCACUACCACUACCAAUUCAUGA